AAGUCACCAGGUUGGCGCAGGGGUUUCCCUUCCUGGGAGUCUUCAAGGUGGGGAGGCUCAGCCCUUCUCUAGCUUUCCUGCCUGGAGCAGGGGGCCGGGCUCACCCAGACCUGCAAGCUCCCCUCCAAUACUCAGCAAUAUUGGGGGCUGGCUUGUGGCAGGCGAAAGCCCUCCGAGACCUCGCUCGGGCGGCGUCCCCUAGCGCAGCGGACUCGUCCAGCUGCCCCGUCUCCUCGCCUGCCUCUGAACUUUCCCUUGUGCGCGGAGGAGGGGCCGGGCUCGCCCCGCGACCCGGAGGGCUUCCCUCUCCUCGAGUGGGCAGGCCGUUGGCGGCGGCUGCAGCGGGCGGAGCCUCCUUCUCCUCCUGCCGCGGACUCCCUCGCCUUCUCGGACUUCUUGCUCGCAGCCGAGGCGCGGCGCAGCGCCGUCUUAGCGCCAGGCUCUGUCCGUCCGUCCCUCCCACCGUCCGUCCGUCCGUCUCCCUCCUCCCUCUCUCCGCCACGGCCUCCUGCCCAGAUGAGGCUCCGUCCCUUCGCGCUGAAGACCCGCCGGAGCGACGGGAGGGCCGAAGAGUGAGGCAGCAAGGAGCCGCCGCCGGGAAGCACAGGCUGCUGGGAGCCCAAGGCGGGAAAGCCCCGGCGCUGCAGCGCAAGCGGCUCCAGCCACGCUGGAGGUUAGCGAAAGAGCAGCAGCCCGCCGGGCGCGAUUUGACAGUCAUGAAACGGAUCAUAUGUGCGAUUCUCUUGGGUGCGGGAGUGAUGUAUGUUAUACUACACCGAAACCUGCGAAGGACAAAUGACUAUUGGUUGCCCCCUACAGAUGGAGGAGACAGAAAAGGACAAAUAAUAGGUUGCCCUUACAAACCUGGCGUUUCAUCUUUAAUAAAGGGGGAAAAAUUCUAUCCUUUUCUGUGCAUUAACGAUUUUGUAAAAGUGUCUGGGGACCAUGGAAGUCACAGGAUCGAACUACCUUAUGGAAUAAAAGGAGCAGAAAGGUAUUUUCAUAUGGCACUUUCAAGACUACAAAACUGCAGAGUAUUCACUGAAGAUGAUAGCCCAUCCUGUAAAAAAUGUGUUGUUGUUGGCAAUGGAGGGGUGCUUCGAAACAAGAGUCUGGGGGAGACAAUUGAUUCUUAUGAUGUGGUAAUCAGAAUGAAUAAUGGACCUGUUGUAGGCUAUGAAGAAGACGUCGGAAGAAAGACAACAUUCCGGCUCUUUUAUCCAGAAUCUAGUUUUUCAGAUCCAAUUCACUAUGACCCUAACACAACUGCAGUUCUUGUUGUCUUCAAGACCCAUGACUUAAAAUGGCUUUGGGAUCUGCUAAGUGGCCAGCGUUUAAUAAGAACAAAUGCCUUCUGGAAAAAACCAGCAACACAAAUGAUAUACAAAUCCCACCAAAUCAGAAUCCUUGAUCCCGCCAUUACCAGGAAAACAGCCUAUGAACUGCUCCACUUGCCUACAAGGUUCUCCAAACACGUGAAACCCAAGCACCCCACCACGGGGUUAAUUGCCAUUGCUUUUGCAUUUCAUAUAUGCAGUGAAGUUCACCUGGCAGGCUUCAGGUACAACUUUGAGGACCGAAACAGUUCUUUGCACUACUAUGGUCAUGACACCAUGUCUCUGAUGAUCCAGAAUGAAUACCAUGAUAUUUCUGCUGAACAAAGGUUUCUGAAGGAACUUGUGGACCGCAGCAUUGUGGUCAAUCUCACAGAAAAAUAAAUAUGGAAGAAUAAUCACUAUUCACCACAAGACUGAUUUGGAGUGGGACGUGGACUUAUUUUUUAUUUGGAUUCUUAUUUUUUAAUAAGAUAUCUGCCAAGUUAUUUAAGAAGAGGAUUGAAGAAGACACGUUGUGCAUAACCCCCAAGCGCUGAAAACGCUGAAGGAUGCCUCUGCCUUGUUGAUACUUGACCAGCAAGCAACCAUCAGAGUUAAUUGACAUGUGUGGAUUUAUUGAAUAAUGGAAGAAACGCAACCUUCCGCGAAUAGUGUUGGAGAUCUAUAAAAAUGAUACAACGUGGAGUUUUCAGUUGCUGGUUUCUUUUUCUACAUGUUCUUCUUUCCACGCCCACCCCCAAUUUGCUUUGUCCCCAUGUGAUCACUUAGCACCAUCGUAGACUUUCAGAGGUCUAGGUUUUGGAAGUGGGGCAUGUACAAAGCCCUCUGUCAAAUUUGUGAGUGAAAAAGAGAGGUGUUAAAAGAGAGGUCCAUGAAUGAAUCUUCACCCAGCUCCUGGAUGGCAGAAGCGCUUGAAGUCAUUUAUGCUACUUAAUCUAGCUUGGAUGGAUACAAACAUUGGCCUUUCCAAGGAGAAUUAUGGGUUAAGGCGACACAGGUGUGAUAGGGACAGUAAAUAUAAUGGUCCACUCACAGCUCAGUUCCUAAUACAUAAGUAACAUGGAAAGUUUGAUUUUGAUGGUCUGAGUCUUCUCACUGGUACUGUUAAAAAAGGGUUUGAGAGUAGCUGAGUUUUUAAAAUAAUUGCGUUAUUGCUGAAGCUAAAGCAGUUGCUCUGCUCUAAAACCCCAACAUCUUGUAAUAGGAAACUUGUGUGUUUCUACAUGAAUCAAUUAAAAUGUCUCUGAAAUUUUGAAGUGGCUGAAUUGGUGGCCAUUGGUGAAUCUUCUUCUGAACAAUUCCAGAACUGAAGAUGUUUGUUCCAAACAGUCAGUGGUUUAGAAUCCUACAUGAAGCCAUAAACAAUAAUUUAUGUUGGUAGUGCACGCAGUCUGAAGGCUAAGAAAUAUUGAGGGCUUUUGUGUUGUUAAUGUUUAGAUUGGUUGAGCCACUGUGAGACACCCUUUCUGCUUUCUAUUACUUGCACUGUUCAUUUUUAAAACAUAACGCUGAAGUCUCUCCCUAAAAGGGAAAGAACUCUUAAUAGCUGAGAUGUUCUUUUAAACAAUGCACAUUGUUGGUGAUUUCAGCUUCAUAGUUUUAGCCAAAGUCUGCCUGAAAAUUUCACAGAGAUGUGUGUGAAUGAAGAAAACCCAACUUGUAGGUUUUUCCCCUUGAUGGGGCUGUCCAUUCGCUUAACAGCUUCAAAGCAGGAAGGAAGAAACCCAACAAAUUGUGGUCUUCCCUUCAUAAGUGCUGCAUGUAUUCAGCUGCCUGAUUCGAGUCCCACCUGUUGAUUAGUAUGGUAGGGCUGGCAAUCAGGCAGCUGCAACUCAGCACUGGGGAGGCGGAGAGCUUCACCUGUCAAUUUCUGAUCUGUUUUCCAGAUCCAGGAGCCUUGCCAAAGGGGUAAAGAGAAACCCAGUUCGCAAUGCUUGCAGGUGUUAUUGCAUAGGCCUCCAUUUUCUCUCUUCUUUGCAUUGUUCAUCCAUGAAAUGUCUAGGGUUCACAGAAACAUUGCAAGAUAAAGCAUUGCAACACAAACUAUUAUUAUUACUAAGAAUGAGUGAAUCCUUUUCUUUACGUGGAGGCAAAGUGAUAGCCAGUGCUUCAUCUCCUUACCUUUUGGCAUAUUGGGCUGUUGUCAGAGGUGUAAGCACCGUACUGGUGGGAAAUAUAGAGCUGAUUAGCCCUGUACCUUUUUCUAGGAGCAAAUCAGUUCAAUAAGGUCUGAUAAUAGAAAUUUGGGAACAGGGCCAUAUUCAGGAAAGCUAAGUGGGUAAUAAGUGCCUAUGUAAUGUGUGUGUGUGUGUGUGUGUGUGUGUGCACUUGCUAAAUCUUUCAUUGGACCCACUCAAUGCCCUUUUGCUCUCAAAUGCAAGUGUGCUCUCCCAAAUUAUCUAUACCAAAGAUCGCAAUGAUUCUUCCCAAGGAAGAUGAUCCUAAGUUUCUGGGUCUAUUUGGUUUCAGUUUUAAACCCUCCUCCCACCUGGUUUUCUCAUUAAUUAGAGCACUUUUCUGAAAGCAUUUAAGGUCUCUGCUUGAUAUUCUUCUAUAAAACUAAUAAUAAUUUUGCAAUUGCCGUGUUUGUUUAAGAUGCUCCCUCACCUCUCAUUACCAUUGUUUAUAUACAUGCAUGGCUUAUGAUUCUGAUUUUGUGCAUAAGAACUGGCCUAUGUGGCAACGUACUUAUAUGCCUUGGCAUACUGAUGACCUUUCUCUGGAAAAAAUAAUAAUUCAUACCAUUAUGUGAUUUCUGUAUGACUCCUGGCAGCUGGUAGGAAAAAAAGGUACAGAAUAUGAUCUAAAUACAUAUAUCUCUGAAACCUCGGUGACUUGUACCUAACACAGUUAUUCCCACCCGUAAAAAGUGAAAUUUUUAAAAUAAUAAAUGAACAAUUGUACUGUAUAGCCAUUUUGAAAAGGUAUAAAUGAGCCCAUUUAUACAUUUAAAAGUUGACAGUCAUUUAGCACCUUGAUAAAACUGCAAGUUGAUAGAUGACUACUUUGAUUUGUCUCUUAAAAAAUAUAUUGUGAUGUAAGGUCACAGUUUCCUCUGCCACACCACUCUGUUUUAGUCUGAUAACUGUUGUGUGAUUUCCCAGGGCUGGCUCCAGGUUUGAUAAAUGCCCUCCCCUAUUGGUGGGCCUUGGCAAGCUGACCAGUCCAUGAAAGCAGCCAGUCAGAGAAUAGCUGCCAUUUUAAUUUCUCACAAUGUCCUGGAGCAAUGAUAUGCAGGGGGAAUGGUGGGAUAUUUAUAUGGCAGCUAGGCAGCCAGGUUCAGAGAGCUGAGCUGAGAGGAAAAGAGCCCCCCUCAGAGGCAGGCAUCAGUGGUGAACCCUGAGAGGGUCCUGGGAUGGGAUCCUGGCUGCUGCCCAAGUUGGCCAGGUACAAAUGCCUGUCCUGUGGAUUGUACAACAGUGCUCGAAUGUGAUGUUCACUUGUGACCCUGGCAUUAUUUUCAUUCCUACAACAACACUUGAGAAGGCUUCCUUUAUCCCCACCCCCACCCUCACCCUUCGUGAAUAGUAUUUCAACACAUACUUUAAGUGAUUAAAAUGUAGCAUUAGUGUGCAGUCUAACAGUACCACAUCCCAAACACCAUGUUUUGGGUUAACUAAUCCCAGUACUUUAAGUACUUUGACUUUUCCAGGUUCUAUAUCGAGGUCAUCGGUUCCAUUCUUGAAAGCAGCUUCAUUUCUCGCAGUUGGUUUAAUAAUUUAAGGGAGUACUGGAAUAUGAGAAUGGAAAAAAUGAUGGCUCAUAUUUGCACUCUUGAACUCUUCAGUAUUUUGAUUCUGAUAUACUAUUGUUAGAAUUCUUAAUAUCAAGCAGCAGAUGUCACUGUCGCAAGAAAUGUAUUUUGUAGUGAAAAUCAGCUAGUGUUACGUCACUGUAGACCUUAAAUGCUUGUCUUUUCUGUCCCGCAAAGCCACCUUAGCUUUCUUACCAUUUAAAAUGUUGGCAUUGUUUUUAUACUUUAAGUAUGUAUGUAUGUGUGCGUAUGUGUGUAAAUUCGUAUCUUGAUAAAUGAAAAUAUUCAUGGCUUUUCAACUUUGUUGUCUGUUGACCCAAAUUUUGUGGUCUGUUGUUACUAUUUGUUUAAAAUGAAACUAUCAAUGUGAAUACAGAGACCUAUUUUUGUUAUAAUAAACAUACUGAAAUGCCACA